CUUCGGCCCCCUCAGCCGUCACCGCAGCCUCAGCCGCCGCCUCCUGGGCCCCUUCAGCCGGCACCGCAGCCGCCGCCGCUUCGGCCCCCUCAGCCGUCACCGCAGCCUCAGCCGCCGCCUCCUGGGCCCCUUCAGCCGGCACCGCAGCCGCCGCCGCUUCGGCCCCCUCAGCCGUCACCGCAGCCUCAGCCGCCGCCUCCUGGGCCCCCUCAGCCGGCACCGCAGCCGCCGCCGCCUCGGCCCCCUCAGCCAGAACCUCAGCCGCGGCUUCAGCCCCUUCGGCCGGUACCGCCGCCGAUGCCGCCUCAGCCCCUUCAGCCGGCAUUGCAGCCGCCGCCGCUUCAGCCCCCUCAGCCGGCACCACCGCCGCCUCAGCCCCCUCAGCCGGUACCGCCACUGCUGCCGCCUCAGCCCCCUCAGCCGGCACCGCAGCCGCCGACCCCCCAGCCCCCUCAGCCGGACCGCAGCCGCCGCCGCUUCAGCCGGUACCGCCGCCGAUGCCGCCUCAGCCCCUUCAGCCGGCACCGCAGCCGCCGCCGCUUCAGUCCCCUCAGCCGGCACCGCAGCCGCCGCCGCUUCGAUCCCCUCAGCCCGAACAGCCGCCUCAGCCGCCGCCUCCUGGGCCCUUUCAGCCGUCACCGCAGCCUCAGCCGCCGCCUCCUGGGCCCCUUCAGCCGGCACCGCAGCCGCCGCCGCUUCAGUCCUUUCAGCCGGCACCGCAGCCUCUACCGCCACCGCCGCCCUCCCAGCCCCCUCAGCCGGCACCGCAGCCGCCGCCGCUUCGAACCCCUCAGCCGGAACAGCCGCCUCAGCCGGCACCGCAGCCGCCGCCGCUUCAGCCGGUACCGCCGCCGAUGCCACCUCAGCCCCUUCAGCCGGCACCGCAGCCGCCGCCGCUUCGGCCCCCUCAGCCGUCACCGCAGCCUCAGCCGCCGCCUCCUGGGCCCCUUCAGCCGGCACCGCAGCCGCCGCCGCUUCACCCCUUCAGCCGGAACAGCCGCCUCAGCCGGCACCGCAGCCGCCGCCGCCUCGGCCCCCUCAGCCAGAACCUCAGCCGCCGCUUCAGCCCCUUUGGCCG